CGUUUCCGGGUGGAGUCCCCCCACUCCGAACUUCUCCACGCCAUACGAAAACUGGCGACCACUAGUGGCGCGAGUUCCAGCUGUGCGUUCGCCCUUCGCAACCACAACCACAACCGCAACCGCAACUCCAAUCCUUCUUCGUUCUUCUCCACUCCACUGGCCCAAUCCCCCCUUUCCCUUUUCUCUUGUCUUGUCUCCAUCCCCGUCCCUAACUCCAUUCCCUCUUCCGUCGAUAAGAAAAUGCCCUCGCACUAGCCUUUCUCGGACGCCAUGGCGAAACUCGGCGAGAGGGAGCACGUCCUGCUCGGAUACACCCACCGCGAUCCCUUCGGCAAUCACCACCACCACCAGCAGCCGCAGUACCACCGUAAUUCCGACGUCGACUUCGCUGACGUGUUCGGCGGCCCCCCAAGGCGGUCCUUCUAUGAGAGACGACGCAGCCGGGAGGAAUCACUCGACGCACGCGCACGACCUCGCACCCCCUCCACCGAGAAGCCCUCUUUCGGGGAGCUCGGCAGUCCGGCCCGAAGGCGCCUCCUUGGCGAUGAUUUCUAUGACGACAUAUUCCCUGGCAGCGAGUCCGACCUCUCCAUGCUGGGGAAGCUCGAUCGAGACCCUUUCCCUUCCUCGCCUAGUUCAAGAAUUGCCAGCCCUAAUCGGCCUGUUUUCGUUGGAGGCUCGUCGCUGCCGCCGCAUCUCAGCUUUCCCAUGACGAAGUUGGCAAAAGGAGUAGAACAUCCACCAUUUGGUUCGCCAACACAUCACCCUCCAUCGAAGAUUGAGGAUGACAAUUUUAGCUUUCCACAUUCACCGAAUGCUUCGAAAGCAGCCUCAGUUCAUGAUGACCUGAGAAGUUCUGGUCAUUCAUUUUAUCGGCAAAGCCCUUUAGCUAGUCAACUCUCUCGGGGCACCAUUAAAUCGUCAGAAACUUUCAGCAAGGGGAGUCAGUCUGAAAGAUAUGCAACCAGCUUAGAGGGUUAUAUCAACAACAAUCAAUUUCACUUCUCUAUAUACAGAUGGGCUGGCAAAGGAGUGUCACUUGGUCUUUCUUCUCUUUCAGAGGAAACUAAUGUUGCUGGUAGAUAUAGUAGAUUACCUGAAGUGGUCAUACAAUCUGUUGAAUACCCAUCUGAUGAUGAUGAUGAUGAUUAUAUGUCUGCUUCACCUGGAAUAUCCAACAAUCAAACUGAAACCAACAAAAACAAGGUAAUAAAUGACAUCUUUUCAGAGAUCAAGCACGGGGUGGAUUUGUCAUUUCGUGAGUACAACUUGUCUGAGCUUGAUCCGAAUUACUCGAGCAAAUCUUAUACUGGAAAUGCAGGAUCCGAGACCUUGAAUGAACACGAGAAGGAAGAUGGAGGACAACAAGAUGCAACUGAUGGCUUUAAAAUUAAACAACAGAAGCAAAAAAGAAACUCUGAGGAUGUCGGCACAAAUAACACUAAAAAGAAAGAUAUCCCAGUAUCUUUGGAAGAAAAGAUGAACACUAGGAGAGUAAAAGGAAGAGUUAAGGACUUUAUUAAAAUCUUCAAUAUAGAAGGUUCCCCAAAACGCAAAGGCAUAUUUGAAUCUGGGGAUACAAAAUCCAAAGAAAAAGAUGGAGUGAAAAGUGAAGCAGACGUUCAAGUUAGUACACCUGCUGCAGAAGCAAAUGACAAAGUGAAAGCUGUCCCUCCACAUAAUGAAGGAACCUUUGGAACUUACUAUGCAGAAGUGAAUGAAAUGUUAAAGAAUGAAGGGAUUUCUCCCCCUUAUACGAGCUCAAAUGAUCCCCUUACUAAAGAUCCUUCUCCAGAAAGGAGUAACACUUCAGGACUAAACCCCACUGCCGCAAAAGAAAACAAUAAUGUUUCUGCCUAUAAUGCUGAGGAAUAUCACUUUGAAGAUCUUGAAGGAUGUUUGGUGGAAGAGUUACCUCAAACACCAUUCGAAAAUCAGCAAUCUGCUUCACAACGGGAAGAGAUAGAAAUUGCUAACCGUAAGAUUCGGGAGUGGUCAAAAGGAAAAGAAGGAAAUAUUCGAUCAUUGCUAUCCACUCUCCAAUAUGUUCUUUGGUCGGGCUGCGGAUGGAAGCCAGUUCCACUUGUUGACAUAAUUGAAGGACCUUCCGUGAAGAGGGCUUACCAAAAGGCGCUACUAUACUUGCAUCCGGAUAAACUACAGCAGAGAGGUGCUGCUGAGCACCAAAAAUAUAUUGCAGAAAAGGUUUUCGAUAUAUUACAGGAGGCCUGGGAUCAGUUCAAUUCUACGAGUGGUGUGUUCUGAUUGUGAACCAGGAGCAUUUAUCAGCUAUUUUAUUGGUUUGUCAACAUGGCACGGGUUGAAUAUCGAUAUUGCAAAGUUAUAAUACAUAAAUUGGUUAUUUAAUCUCAUCAGAGUUGUGUGUAA